AUGGUAGGGGACAAUUUCACGAGUUAUUUUUACACGGCGCUGCGGGGGCGGCGGAUCUUGACCUACAUCGACGAUUCAAGAAUCGAGGACGGCGGUGGUGGUGUUCUCGAAGAACUAAGCCAAUUCGGAGUGGUGCCUGGAAGAAUUGGUGGAGAUUCUCCGGUGCCGGAAGCGACAAGCAGGUGGUUUACGGGUGUUCUUCCGGCUGAAUCCCGACGAUGUUGGGGAACUGAAGGGGAGCUAUGA